UAUAAAUUUUCUUUGUCAACGAUUUUCAUUUAGCAUUUUAUCAAGUUAAUAUUUACACAUUUCCUAUUUGGUACUUUUCUUAGAGAUUUUAGCAGGAUAAAUUUUAGAUGCCAAGUAACAAAACCAUAUUUAAAGUUAAGUGCAAUAUUAAAAAUUGCAAAACUUCUAAAAUAAGAAGUGACAAGAUACAUGAACAUUAUAAACAUAAACAUCCUCAUGUCAAGCCAGCUGAUAUGAAAUUUACAAAGGUAGCCAUCAAAAGAGAUAAUAAUAAUUGGGUAUCUUUAAAUUGUGAUAUUCCAUAUAAUAUCACAAAUGGAGUUGAAACCCAGUUGCAAAAAAAGACAAUAACAUCUUACUUCCAAAAAAAAAUCUCAGUUAUUGAAGAUUCACAAAUUGUAUUAUCUCCUCAUCCAAUCCCCAGUUCCAGUGAGGUGUUUACUUUAUAUGAUGAGCAAAUCUCCAAUAUUGAAGAUUCACAAAUUGUAUUAUCUUCUCAUCCAAUCCACAGUUCCAGUGAGGCGCUUACUUUGCAUGAUGAGCAAAUCUCAAAUAUUGAAGAUUCACAAAUUGUAUUAUCUCCUCAUCCAAUCCCCGGUUCUAGUGAGGCACUUACUUUGCAUGAGGGAAUAAAUUAUGAGGAUAUUCAAAGUCCAAGUCUUAUUCAGCUAUACAAAAAAAAGGAACCAAAUGACCCUUUUCACUUUAUAUUAUUUAGGAUGACAAAUAUUUUGAUAAAUUUCAUAAUUGCUGUAGGCCCUUGUCAGCCAUGUACAAAUAAAUUUCAAUAUCCUGUUACUAACAAGAGGAGCAUGAAUAUAACCUAUUAUAGAAAGGUUAAUAUAGAUGGUUCCCUCAACCCCAGAAAUUGGCUAUCUUAUAGCACUACUUUAGACAAAGUCUUUUGUCUAUAUUGUAUUAUGUUUGGUGGCCCUAAGUCCAAUACUUUUUGGACUCAACAUGGGGUAAAUAAUUGGAAAAACAUAAAGCGUGACUUAGAGAGACACGAAGCAUCUUCUCUUCAUAAAGAUUGUGAAUAUGCAAACAUGACUUGGCUUGCAAAUAAACGCAUUCAAGAUCAUUUGCUAUCAAAUAAGCUUGAUAUAAUCAUGGAAAAUCGUAAUAUAGUUCAUAAUAUUAUCAAUGCCAUUAUGUACCUUAUAAAAUGUAAUAUAGCCUUUUGGGGUUCUAAUUCGAAUGAAGGUAAUUUUAUGUGUCUCAUAAAAUUAAUGGCAAAAACGGUUCCAACUUUACGUGCAUACAUGGAUAACAACGAAAAAUUGCGGAGAAAAAAAUCAGAUAAAAUUUCGAGACCUUAUAUAAAUUUACUGUCAUAUGGCCACGUGAAAAAAAUAACUGAAAUUAUUAAGAUAAAAAUAACAAAAAGCAUUAUUCAAACAAUUAAAGAGAAUCGUGCCUAUAGCAUCAUAUUAGAUGGAACAUAUGAUGUGUCUAAAAAAGAAUGCAUAGCUUUGCUUGUACGGUAUAUAGAAGAUGAUCUGCAUCCACAUCCUGUAGAAAGGAUCAUACAUGUUUUUACAACAUCAGAAACCACUGGGGAAAAUAUAAAGAAACAUGUUUUUUCUAAGUUUAAUGAUCUUGGUCUUCCUCUUGAUUAUUUGGUUGGACAAAGUAUGGAUGGUGCAGGGAAUAUGAGAGGAGUAUACAAAGGAAUGCAGGCUUUAAUAUUGAAAGAGGCUCCAAAAGCCAUCUAUAUUUGGUGCCAUGCACAUCGGCUAAAUUUAGUAGUUGCUCAUGUUUGUGGAUGCAAAAUUGAAAUGAAAAAGGCAAUGAGAAUAUUAGAUGAGUUAUAUAAUUUUAUGAAUGGAGUUAGACGUCAAGGUGUGUUUGUUAAAUAUCAAAUGAGAAAGUCCAAGAAAUCUCUUAAAAGAAUUAAAAACACAACAAGAAAUUGGUCAUCAUCCUACAAAUCUGUAGAAAUCUUUUUAGAUGUUUAUGAACAUAUUUUAGCAUCAUUAGUUGAAUUAAAAGAUUCUAAUGACCCAAGCACCUCUUCCAUUGCCGAUGGGUUAUUAUCAAGAAUUAAAGAUGAAAAUUUUAUAUUAAGUCUUUUUAUUUUGAAAGAAAUAUUGAAAUGUACACAUGAGGCUUGUAUUGAAAUGCAGGCAGUUGGUAAUGAUUUGGCUUUGGUAACCAACAACAUACAAAAAAUAAAUUACAAAAACUAAAAGCUAAUGGAGACAAUAUAUUUUUAAAAUUACAUUCCUUAUCUAAUAGUUUUUUGAAAAAGAAUAAUGUUAUAACUGAUUUGUAUAAUAUGAAAUCAAUAUUCAAAUUGGAUCAAACAGAAUUCAAUAAUUAUGUUGAACAAAAAAAAACAAAUAUAGAACGGAAAUAUUUUUCCCUGUUCUAAAUGCAAU